AUGACAGAUUUCAAAGUGCCUAGGCCAAGGUUCUUUACCACUGCUAGGAAAGGCGAGAACUAUGAGCUUCAAGCCGAUCUCAACAGUGAGUAUCGCGACAAACGAAAAGAUGCCAUAAAGAAAGUCAUUGCUAACAUGACGGUUGGAAAGGACGUCUCGGGACUGUUCUCUGACGUUUUAAAAAAUAUGCAGACAGAAGAUCUUGAACAGAAAAAGUUGGUCUAUUUAUAUUUAAUGAAUUAUGCAAAGUCGCAACCGAAUUUGGUGAUAUUGGCCGUCAAUACGUUUGUCAAGGAUACUGAUGACAGUAAUCCAUUGAUCCGUGCAUUGGCCAUUCGCACUAUGGGCUGUCUUCGUGUGGAACAAGUUGUUGACUACCUUUGUGAGCCAUUGAGAAAGUGUAUGAGGGAUGAGAAUCCCUAUGUGAGGAAAACUGCCGCCAUAUGUGUAGCAAAGUUGUACGACCUUAAUCCCGAGCUAGCUGUCGAGAAUGGAUUUGUUGCCUUGCUACAAGAAAUGAUGUCCGACUCGAAUUCAAUGGUUGUUGCCAAUGCGGUAACGGCGCUAACGGAAAUCGACGAAGCCUCUCCUGACAAUAGGAUUUUUGUAAUUAAUGGAUCAUCACUUAGCAAACUCCUUAUUGCAUUGAACGAGUGUACAGAAUGGGGACGUAUAGCAAUACUCGAGGCAUUAGCAGAGUAUAAACCAAUCGAUUCAAAGGAAGCUGAGCAUAUUAUCGAGAGGGUUAGUCCACAAUUUCAACAUGCCAACGGAAGCGUGGUCUUGGCUGCUAUUAAGGUCGUAGUGAUUUUAAUGCGCCACAUUAGAAAUGAAGAACUCGAAAAAUCUCUGGUCAAACGCAUGGCCCCACCGCUCGUAACACUUCUUGCUUCAGCACCGGAAGUCCAAUAUGUAGCAUUACGCAAUAUUAAUUUGAUUUUGCAGAAACGCAAAGACAUUCUACAAAACGAGAUGCGAGUGUUUUUCUGUAAAUACAACGAUCCGCCGUAUGUGAAAUUGGAAAAGUUGGAUAUUUUGAUAAAACUUGCAAACAGCAAGAACGUGGAUCAGUUGCUUUCAGAAUUGAAAGAAUAUGCAUCGGAAGUAGACGUUGAUUUUGUGAGAAAGUCUGUUCGUGCUAUUGGACAGUGUGCUGUCAAAAUCGACGAGGCUUCGGAAAGAUGCAUCAACGUAUUGCUUGAUCUCAUUAAUACAAAAAUCAAUUACGUUGUCCAAGAGGCUAUCAUUGUGAUAAAGGACAUAUUCCGUAAAUACCCACACAAAUACACCACGAUUCUACCAACACUUUGUAAAAACCUCGAGGUACUCGACGAACCUGAAGCGAAAGCAUCUCUAAUCUGGAUUAUUGGUGAAUACGCCGAAAGCAUCUCUAAUGCAUCGGAACUUAUCUUGAGCUUCCUCGAUACGUUCCGGGACGAAAACUUGCAAGUACAGUUGCAACUAGUAACAUCAUGUGUAAAAUUGUUUUUGAAAAAGCCGACAAAGGAGAACGAAGGAAUCGUGUAUAGGGUUUUAAAAGUUGCAGCGCAAGAGUGCGAUAAUCCGGAUUUGAGAGACAGGGCGUAUAUUUAUUGGAGGUUGUUAUCGACCGAUCCACAAGCUGCCAAGACGGUAGUCUUGUCCGAAAAACCAGUAAUAUCGAUAUCAAACAGUACGCUGUCAGAGUCGCUUUUGGAACAGCUACUCAAUGAUAUUGGUUCGCUAGCAAGCGUAUACCAUAAACCUCCCGAGACGUUCCUUGGACGCGGAAGGUUUGGUGCCGAUGCCAUCCAGCGAAAAGCCAUAGAGGAACAAGAAGAAUCGAUAAGGGAAACCCCAUUACAGAUACAGACGCAAACCAACGUUGAAAAUCUUUUAGAUAUUGAUUUUUCCAGUCCGGCCACGCCCACAUCAUCUUCUGCCAUUCCAGCUUCUACUGCAUCACCUAGUGUCUCUAGUACGACGGCGACUUCAGCUGGACCUAUUGACGAUUUGUUGGAUUUGUUCAGUGGAACAUCUGUCAACAGCAGUAGUAAUGGCGCUGGUAUCAAUACGACACAGGGACAGAAUGGGACACGAGGGAAUGGAAUGAGUAAUGACGAUAUCCUUGGUCUAUUUUAG